CCAUUCCACAAUUUCAUCUUCGCAACUCCGAUAAUCAUCCAACAAGAUCGUUAGUGAAUACAAAACUCUACCUCUUAUGGGAAAAGCCCGCCUACUCAAAGGCUGGACUACUCGAACUCAACGUCUUGCUACGACAUCGCGCCCAUUCUCGGCUACUCACUUCUUAGCAUAUAAACCCCCCUCGCCAUUCAAGAUGUCGCACAAGACUCAAGAACCAGUCAUCAACAAAAUUUCAGAGCUGCCCAUCGAACAAGCAAAAUGGGUGACUCUCAAAAAGGUCGACUACACAGAUCAGGUCGGCAAGCAGCGCACGUGGGAGGUAGCCACGCGCAAGACGCGGGGCAAGGCGGGCGUAGACGCCGUCGCGAUGGGCAACAUCCUGCUUCAUCCGUCGCGGCCUGCAUCCACCAUGCUCGUGAUCCAGUACCGGCCGCCGCUCGACUCGUACACGGUAGAAUGGCCGGCAGGUCUGAUCGACGCCGAGGAGACGGCCGAGCAGGCCGCCGUGCGCGAGUUCAAAGAGGAGACGGGCUACGACUGUCGGGUGCUCAACAUCAGUCCCGUGCAGGCGGCCGACCCUGGCAUGAGCGACGCGAACAUGCAGAUGGCUAUGGUGGAAGUGCAGCUGGGCGAGGGCGACGAGGAACCCGAGCAGCGCCUCGAGGAUGGAGAGCACAUCCAGCGCGUGGUCGUGCCUCUUAGCGAGCUGUAUGACCGUCUAGUCGAGUAUUCUAAGGCCGAGCGCACGAUUGUUGCGGCCAAGUUGUUUCAUUUUGCGGCUGGGAUGCACUUUGCACAGACGCAGAAGUACUUUUAAUGUAUUUCUGCCUUUGCGCCUAAUAAGAUGCGUUUAACGCGAGUACCUAUCUAAGAUACCCUAGACGUUACCUACCAUAGC